AUGACCAUGAUAUUUCAACGACGGACAAGUGGCUCAACGGAAUUCUACAGAAAUUGGAAUGAAUACGUAAAUGGAUUUGGGAACAAAGCUGAUGAAUAUUGGCUUGGCCUGGAGAAUCUUCAUCACCUGACACGUUAUAAUGACUAUGAACUUCGUAUUGAUUUGGAAGAUUGGGAAGGAAACAAGAAAUAUGCAAAAUAUUCCAAUUUCAAAGUAGGAGGACCGAAAACGAAAUAUACACUUGCCGUUGGAGGAUACACUGGAGACGCGGGUGAUUCUUUGAGUGGUCACAACGGUCGAAGAUUUACGACUAAGGAUCAAAGACAAUGGAUUCAUAUUCUGGGAAUUUGUGCAGUGUCUUUUAAAGGGAAUGAUGGUACUCAGGCUGCCAUUCAAGCAAUUUGA